AAAGUGGAGACUCUGUGACUGAAAUACACCCGAGUGCGUCCUGUGUAUCCCGUUGUCUGCUUUAAAUGUUACGUCAAGGAAUCUUAAGCUAAUAGGCUUUGUGGUCACAUAGCCUGUCCAUGCCGCGUCCUGCACUUAACAGGCUUGUUUCCAAUGGUCCUCUCGGAAAAUGGAUGGCUUUUGUGUUGCGUUCGGCAUUUCUUUUUUGAUGUACUUCAUCACUCCCGGAUCGUCAACUUGUCUGAAGGGUUGCUCCUGCGUAGAUGAGACCCUAGGAAGGUCUUUGCUCUGCAUGGAAACGUACAUGGGCCAAAUUCCAGAGGACAUCCCGCGCGAUUUCACAAAGAUCCGGAUGGAAAACUGCCACCUGAUGGAGCUCCCGCUGGGAUCCUUCUCAAAAUUGGGUACUUUGGAGUUCCUGUGGCUCAAUUUCAAUGAUAUCACCUUGAUGGACAUCAAAAGCCUGCAGGGGCUGGCCAACCUGACCGAGUUGCGGCUGCAGGGCAACAAGCUGACUUCGGUUCCGUGGACUGCGUUUCAGGACACGCCGCGACUCAAAAUUCUGGACUUGAAACACAAUCGUCUCGACGUCCUACCAGAAUAUUCCUUAAAACACUUGCCUGUGCUGACCUACUUAGAUUUAUCCUUCAACCAGCUUAGUGUUAUAUCAAAAGAUGUAUUUAUGAACUGGCCCCUUUACCAGAAAGCAGAGCGAGUUUGGGCAAAGGAGGGCUCGGUCUCCAAUGUGGUCUUAGCGCUUCACGACAACCCCUGGCUGUGCGACUGCCGCCUGAAAGGCUUCGUGGAGUUCAUCCAAGCGGUCAGGCCUCCCAUCAUUCUCAUGAACUCUUAUUUGUUAUGUUCGGGCCCCGCCUCUAAAGUGGACACAUUUUUCCACAAGAUCCAGUUGAAAACAUGCACAAAGCCCGUGGCCUCUGCCCCGGAGACUAACAUCAACGUGCCUCCAGGAGCCAACGUAACGCUCUCGUGCUUAGUCAAGGCCAGGCCGGGCCCAAGCAUUGAGUGGAUGAACAGUCAGAAGAUUAUAAGAGGAUUUACUGCUACUGUGACUCGCAUCGACGAGGAGACUGUCAACUCCACUUUGGUGAUCCCCUCGCUGUACCUAGCAAACGGAGGCCUCUAUACCUGCCUGGCCAGCAAUUUCAUUGGCAAUUCCUCUGCUGAGAUCACGGUGAACAUCAGCGCUUUGAGUAACUCCGCUCCUCUCCUGCCACCUUCACCCAUCCUUUCCCCGGAUGAGAACACCUCCAUUGACAUCCGCAUCGCCAAGCAGACGGUUUACGGCAUCACCGUGGAAUGGCGUGCCGCCAUGGAGAACCCGUCCGAAACCUGGUUCACCAUCCAUUUUGGAAAGUACGACUCACCCAAAAGGGAGACCAUCUACAUCGGACCGGGUAUCAACAGCUACUCGGUCAGCGAUUUGCUUCCCGUUACCAAGUACGAGGUUUGCGUGACCCUGAAGAACCACCCGCCAAGGGAGGGCCAGUGUGUCGUCUUUGUGACGGGAAGUGACGUAAGCGAGAUGGAGCAGAGGGAGCGUCUGAUUCACAUCGUAGUCGUCGUUUGCAUCAUGGUGCUGUCCGUGCCGGUCGGCAUGUACGCCUGCACCACCGAGGCCCGCUUUAGCUGUGCGGAACGCUGCGGGAAUCUGUGGAGGAAGCCAUAUUUGUGGUCUCGCAAUAGGAACCGCCAGGAGGCUGAGUUUCAGGGGGUGGAAAGUCAGGGUCCCGAGAGUCAGGGGAUAGACAGUCUGGGCGCGUUCGACAGCCUCCAGGUGGCCAGUGAUGAAGUCCUAUGCAGGGACUUGCAAGGAAAAGCCAAAAAGAAGCAGAAGUCUGACGACAGAUGCAAAGGAGGAAGUGCGGCCUAUCUGUAUUAAAUCAACCACUCCCUCCAUCGAUCCAUUUAUCUGAUUGAGUGUCACAUGGAACCGGAGCCUAUCUCGGCUGACUUUGGAUGAAAGGUGGACAACAACCUCCCACUGGUCGCUCGUCAAUCACAGUACAGAGCACCGUCACAAAUCAAUCAACAAC